GCAGUGACUCGUCCGGCUGAAGACACUCAGAAGCUGAAAGCCUUUGCAGCAGCUAGACGGACGUGAAAACACCCUGAGGAUUACUUUUCAGGAGACUUUUAAACUGCGUUUUUUAUUUUUCUUCUCCAUAUUUGUUUUUCAUUUCAACCGGAGUACAGAAAAGAGCUUUAACACACAAAUGGGGACCGCUUGGAUUGCGGUUUUUGGAGUUUUUUUCUUCAUUCUUGAGGUCUCAGUUGUGUCGACCACACAGGAGUCGCCAUGUAAACCUGGAUUUGAGUCAGAUUUGUUAAUAUUCAAAGUGAACAGGAAGCAUCUGAAGGCAGGCACAAGACUGGGCAAAGUUGGAUUCACUGACUGCACAGAUCGUAUAAGGUUUCUCUUCAGCACAGAUGACAGUCGCUUUGUGUUCACUACUGAUGGAGUAUUAACUGUGAAAAGAGCAGUUGUUCUCCAUGAAGGACAUCUGGACUUUUUUGUCCACUCCUGGGACUCACAGGGCAACAAAAUGACUGUUCCUGUCAUGGUCCUGCGACAUGGACAUCACCAUGUAAGCAGAGAUGCUGAGCGGCACCAUGGAGGCCACAGACACCAGAACCAUCACAACACUGAAGUGGAUUCUGCCGAUACCAAAGAGACUGCAGGACAUCCAGAUGUGGCCGUCCUUUAUUUUCCCAAGUCGAGUAAAGGACUGAGGAGGAGGAAGAGAGACUGGGUCAUCCCUCCAAUCAAUAUUCCUGAGAAUAGCAAUGGACCCUUUCCACUUAAAAUGGUUACGAUUCGCUCCAGUGAGGACAAAAUAAAGAAGAUCAUCUACAGCAUCACAGGUCCAGGAGCCAAUGAAGAUCCAGUAGGACUCUUUACAAUGGACAAAGACACUGGUGAUCUGUAUGUUCAUCAGAGACUUGACAGAGAGAAACAAGCACAUUAUACACUGCUUGCACACGCUGAUGUGGAGGAUCCUAUGGAAAUCAUCAUCAAUGUCAUUGAUAUGAAUGACAACAAACCUAUUUUUGAACAGACAUCCUAUGUGGCAGAAGUUGCUGAAUCUUCACCAAAAGGGACUACAGUGAUUCAGGUUAAAGCCACUGAUGCUGAUGAACCAGGCAAUGACAACUCAAUUAUCAAAUACACGAUUCUGAGCCAGGAACCUAAACUUCCCAGUGAUUCCAUGUUUGCCAUUAACUCCUUCAAUGGAGCCAUCAUGGUUGAAGGUGUUGGUUUGGACAGAGAGAAAUAUCCUGAAUACACUCUGGAAAUACAAGCAGCGGAUACAAAGGGAGAAGGAUUAACUGGAAAAACAAAAGUAACUUUGAAAGUGACGGACAGCAACGACAACCCUCCAGUCUUUACUGCAUCUACUUAUCAGGGAUCAGUUGAUGAAAACGCAGUGGGGGUUCUGGUUGUUAAAAUGUUAGUAACUGAUGAAGAUGAACCAAACACCCCAGCAUGGAACGCCAAGUUCAAGAUUGUCGGAGGAGAUCCUGAUAAAUUCUUUUCCAUAGAAACAGGAACCAACAAACAAGAAGGAAUCAUCAAAACUAUUAAGGGACUGGACUUUGAGACAAACAGAAAACACACUCUGUUGGUAAGGGUAGAGAACGACGUCCCUUUUGCCAUUCCAGUGGUCACCUCCACCGCCACAGUGGUGGUGACCGUGAAGGACGUCAAUGAGCCUCCGAUCUUUAAAGAAAAGGAGAUGACCGUUCAAAAGCGUGAGGACCUUUCUGUGGAAAGUGUGGUUAUUAAGUCUGAGGCAGAAGAUCCAGACUUUGCACGUGAAAACAUUGUUAAGUAUAAAAUAAUUAAUGACCCUGAUAACUGGCUGAAAGUGGAUGAGGAUUCAGGGCUGGUGAAGGUGAAAAGCGACAUGGACAGAGAGUCCCCUAAUGUGAAGGACAAUAAAUACACGGUGCUCCUUGGUGCUUAUGAUAACGAUCCAGUCCCAGCCACUGGAACUGGCACGUUGAUCAUUAUACUUGAAGAUGUCAACGACAACGCCCCAGCGAUUGUAGAACGGGAAACACAGAUUUGCAAGCACCAGCGGACUCCUGCACUGCUGAGUAUAGUGGAUAAAGAUGAAGCCGCUCAUUCUGCUCCGUACAGUGUGGCCGUUCAUGAAAAGUACUCAGCCAACUGGACGGCUAAGAUGAACGAAAGCAAAACUGGAAUCGAGCUGUUUUUAAAGUCGGACAUUCCUGAAGGAAAAUACAAAGUGGUCCUGAGGGUUGCAGAUCGUGGUAACCUGGACCAGGAAAGCUCCAUCAAUGUAGAAGUGUGCACCUGUUUAGAAAAUGGACUUUGUUCUCUGGCUAGAAUUGGUGGGCAAGAAGAAAUGUCUCCAUAUAUUUGGGGAAUACUUGGAGCUCUGCUGCUGCUGCUGGUAAUUGCUGUUUUGGGGUUGUAUGCAUACAAUAAACGGCAGAAGAAAGGAGAAAUCGGAGAGCCGUUUGAGAAAGAUAUAAUCAGAGACAACAUCUACCACUACGCUGAGGAGGGAGGCGGAGAAGACGAUCAAAAUUUUGAUCUGAGCGUUCUUCACUACGGUCUCGACAACAAACCCGACGUAUUGCGGAGUGAUAUGAUGCCUGUGACCAUGUCUCGCCCCACCUACCGAACUUUGCCCGCCAACCCAGAUGAAAUUGGCAACUUUAUUGAAGACAACUUGAAGGCAGCAGACGAAGACCCCACCGCGCCCCCCUAUGACUCGCUUCUAGUGUUUGAUUACGAGGGUGGGGGUUCGGACGCAGGAAGCCUCUCGUCCCUGAAUUCUAGCAACAGUGGAGACCAGGACUACAACUGCCUCACCGAGUGGGGCCCCCGUUUCAAGAAGCUGGCUGACAUGUAUGGGGGAGGAGAAGAUGACGAUGACAUGCUGUGAAACCACAGACCCCCCCUCCACCAGACUCUGUUGAUGACUUCACUCAAGAAACGACCUUUAGAGUUCAGUUUUCAGUGACGCGCUCUUUUCAGGCCCCUCCUCUCCAGUUUUUUUUGUGGCUUCUUCUAAGUUGUACAGAUGUUGGUCUUUUUUUCUUUUUCUGGAACUUUCUUGGGAUGCUGAAUGCACUGGUAAUGAUGGGAUCAAAUUUAAAAAGUACAGUACUUUUGCAUUUUAGGUUUUUAUUUUUUGUCUUUUGUUUUUGGUCUUUUAAAAUUGUUUGAACUAAUUUGAAACAAAAUGAAAUCCAGCCAGCCAUUACUGAUGAGCUGUAGGAGUUUAAUAGACACAUUCUUUCUUUUAGCUUUCAGUUUAUUUGUUUUUGUUUUUACAAAUGUUGCAGAAA